AUGUCAUUGUCACUUGGGCUUAGAACGUAAAUAGUGCGAAUUAUAUUCUUAUCUUAAUUUUGCUCAUUAACUGGUUCAAUCGAGCGCAAUUACGCGAGUGCUAAGUUUGUUACCUCGCCAUCCAGAUUCGCUGUUCAGUGUUGUUGCGUGCGAUCCAGCCAAUUCAACUUACGUGUGGAGAAACAUGUCGACUGUACUUUGGUACUUCGGUGAGAGAACUUUUUCCUUUUAAGCCCCUUUUGCGUGGAACGCAGUCAUUGUAGACUAGUUACUUGCGAACUUAGCCAAAAAUGCAGCGGUGGUUUUUCCUGGAAGACCCCGAAAACGCAGCCAUCCGAUCGGGAAAGGGAGAUGCAGAAAGUAGCUCUGGAUCGGUUACAUCCUUCCAAUACACCCCUCGACAUUGGUUGUUCCGAGUGAGGGUGCCCCAGUUGAAGAAAGAUGAAUCAGUAUGCGUGGUGGGCGAUCUCAAAGAGUUGGGCGCUUGGGUGCCCGAGAAGUGUGUGGCUUUGCAGCAGGAAGACGACACAGACAUCUGGUCUGCUGUAGUAGAAAUUCCGGAUAAACGGAAGAUUGAGUAUCGAUACUGCGUGUGUGUUAUCAUCGAAAGCGGCAUUCAGGUCAUAGUCAGAAGCUGGGAAACCAAUGUGAAGCCUAGAGGAAUAGAUUAUUCGGAAAAAUCUCCAACAAUGGAAGAUGAGGUUCAGACGUACGGAUUUUACGCAAACAGCGAGCGUUUUGAUAGGGGCUGGCUCAGUAAGGAGACAGUGGUUCAGCUGAAGCUGGGCAGCGAUCCUCUGACUAUUUGGAGGCCAAAGUACGCGGGUCGGCAGGUUUUUAUUAAAGUGACGCCGAUUAACUUAAAAAGGCAUGCCUCAAACCUGCCGAUAUCGAUGUCGGAUGCUUUGGAUGAGUCGCUGAGCGACACCCAGGAUGGUGUGGAGAAUGCCAAAUUUUCCUUCACUGAGGUGGCCGCUCUGCUUGAUGAUGACCCAAGUUUCAAGCCGCAAGGCCAGUUUGGCACCGCCAUAAAAAAGGAUGAUAUGCUAACUUUCCAGAGCACCGUAGUGUUUCCUCAAAACACCGCCUAUUUAUUCGAUUUCUAUAUUUAUUCCUCUAGAGCAGACGAAAGUGAGCCUCCUUACCAUGCGGGAUUUAGCUACUUGUUGCCUACGGCUUUACAGUCCUCAGAAGGCAACAUAAUUUUGCCAGUUACCAGUACAAAGCACAGGCCUUUGGGAGAAUUGCGCGUUGAUUAUCUAGUGAUUGGGGCGAUGCCCAAUUAUAAAUGCGACUUGAGUAUUUCCUAUGCCCGUCAUUGGAAGAAGACCAGAGCAGGCCUAGAUGUCGGGCAUAGAGGGUCAGGAUCCAGCUUUAAAAACAAAGUUCAAAAUUGCGCGGAAGUACGGGAAAAUACUAUAGCUUCCUUAAAAAAUGCCAUUGAUCAUGGGGCAGAUUUUGUCGAAUUUGAUGUUCAACUGAGUAAAGAUUUAGUGCCUAUAAUCUACCACGAUUUUCAUGUGUGCAUUUCCAUGAAAAAGAAGCGGGAUAUUGAAGAUCAGGAUAUGCUGGAGAUUCCACUAAAGGAGCUCACUUUGGAGCAGCUCAGAUUGCUCAAGGUUUACCACUUAACAGAGGGCAAGUCAAAGAACCAGAGGUUCUUUGACGAAGACUUGGAGGACCAUCAGCCAUUCCCCACUCUGCAGCAUGUUCUGGAUACCUUGAAUCCCCAUGUAGGGUUUAAUAUUGAAAUCAAGUGGACGAUGAAGUUGGCGGAUGGCUCUUACGAGCUGUACCAUCCAACCGAUUUAAAUUUGUACUUGGAUACAAUUCUGGAAGUGGCGAUGAAGCAUGGUGGAGAGAGGAGAAUAAUUUUUUCGUGUUUCAAUCCCGAUAUCUGCCAAGUAAUUCGUUUAAAACAAAAUAAAUAUCCAGUAAUGUUUUUAACAAUUGGAGAGAGCGAGAUUUACCCGAGAUAUGCAGAUCCGAGAUGCUGGUCGAUAAAGGCGGCCAGCCAGUAUGCCACCAUGAUUGAGAUUUUAGGUAUCAAUGUUCAUACUGAAGAUUUGUUGAGGCAUCCUUCACUGGUUCAGCUGGCCAAAGAGCUGAAUUUGGUGAUUUUCUGCUGGGGCGAUGAAAACGCCGAUCCUGCCACCAUCAAGUUCCUGAAAGAACUCGGUCUUCACGGUGUGAUUUACGACAAAAUUCACGAAUACUCAAGCAAGGAGGUGAAGGAGAGUGUCUUCCUGUUGGAGGCCAAGGGAUCGCAAAAAGAACUCAUUCAGGGUUGCCAACGCGUGCAACUUUAAACUUUUGCUUCUUUUCAAUAAUUUCCACUUGUAGCUGCACAUGCAGAAAACGAAUUAGCACCCACAAUGUCUCAUCCUACUCAGCCUCGCAUUGAAGGGGCAAGUGAUUUGGAUAAGAUCCGAUUGACGCUUCCUGAUGGAAUAUCCACAGCCACUUCCCUGGCAAGCCUGGAGAGUUCAACUUCCGAUUACAAUAAGCCUGCCAAAGUCUAGAUCUUGUUCAAAUUGUUACCAAUAAAAAAAGCGCGGCUUGUGGCAAAUAGAAUGUUUUAAAUCGCGUGUACGACAUAGUUUAUAAGCUGCUGUUUUUUUGUUGCUCUUGAGCCAGUUUCAAUUGUUAUUGAAAUAAAGUCACCUACAGCUUUUGAA